CGGCGAGUGAGCAGGUGGACAAGGUCGGGCAAGUCUAGUGGAUAAGAAAGCUGCAGAGGACCGCUGUAGACUCUCAGCACAUGAGCGGAGAGAUCCUUUCCGAAAAGACCAGCAAAUGAAAAUGAGCGAGCUGCAUCACCCAGAUGGUGACACGAACAUAGUACAUGUUCAUACACAGAAGAGAACUAGCACAUAUUCUUGUCGACCCAGUCUAGAGUGUGUAUAGUGUAGGCUGGCACCAUAUUGCUUUGUUCUGAGCCACAUUGCCAAUCAUUGUCCCUAGACAAGCUGAUCGAAAGCAGCACGCCAGGCCAUGAUCAGCUCGGGCCUUAUUGUGCGAGCCUUGAUGACGUCUUCAUCUCAGCGGGCUUUAGCAAAGAGCUGAACAUGGACAUGGGGAGACGAUAAAGAAGGGCUACUUGAUGCAGUGAGGCCAGCGAGGUGCAUGACGGUACUAGCAGAACUUGGCUCAAAAGUGUGCAGUGCACUGUACUGCCAGUUGUAGUGCCUUGGGUGGCAAAGAUGCAAGUCCCACGGCAAGGAUGGAGCCAAUGGCCAUCAGCACCUCAGGCACAAGUGGUGCACCAGGUGAUGGCACACAAUGGCCAGAUGCACAAUGUGCAAGUCGCGCCAAAGGCAGCUCCCUUUCCUCCAUUGCCGGUGAGCUUAAGCAGGCAACAGAUGCCUGACCGCGAUCCUGGGUCCUUCACGCCUCCAGCAGCAGGGGUUGGAUCUUUUGUGGGUCGUGUGCCAGAUGGCACGCCGACGAGCCGUGCCAAGUCACCAGCACAGCCCCAAGGGUUGCUGGUGCGGGCUGGAAAGUCACCACCCAGGAUGCCAGGGCCUAAGUCCUCUUUGGGCUUGCCUAGCAGUGCCAGCGCCAGGAACACACCAAAGCCACAGCCUCGUCCAGUGGUGUCUUUUGCGCCGGUGCGAUCCCCUUCACCUGGGCAGAGGCCAUCGCGUGAAGAGGAGGGCCGUUCUCCAAGCCCUGACCGCAAAGGACAACGAGAUCCCAGUUGUGGGAAAGAUGCGCGGCCUGAUGGCCGAAUCCGAGCUGACUUUCGUGAUGCCUGCGAAGAGGCUCACAGUGGAGCUCACAGUGGCUCCAGGACCUCGCGCCACUCGGAGGCCGAGACCAUCCCAGAAGAACCCCACUACGACGCCGAGCGCGCUGCGCGGGAGCGAGAGCUUCUGGCCAUGCAGGAGAAGCUACGUGCGCGGGAGCAGCGGGUCGCUGAGCGGGAGGCCGACUUGGUGGCACGCGAGAAGCGCGUGGCUGACCGAGAGGCUGAUUUGGCAAAGAUGUUUGACCGAUUGACGGAGAGGGAAGGGCAGCAGCGGCAGGACUGCCAGGCACGAGCCCAUGACUUGGCAGCUCAGCAGCAUGAGCUCCAGGCCCAAGCUCGAGAGCUGAAGAGCCGCUGUGCUGAUUUGGACUGUCGCAGUGCCGAUUUGGACCAGCGAGAGGUGAGGCUCAAGGCCGAGGAAGACCGCCACCGUGACUUGAAGCGGAGCUUGGAUGAGCGAGAUGCUCGUUGGCAUGAGGCUGCCAAGGAUGCCACGAUGAUCCUGAAGCCGCACCUGAAGCCGCGCUUGUCGCCUCGGGGCAAGGAGAACAUGGAGCUCCAGCGGCAACUGGAGGAGCAGCGUGGCUUAAUGCACAAGAUCAAGCGCAAGCAGGACAGCUGGGCUCCAGAGGAAGAGGGCCGGUGCCAUCGAGACAGCUUUGGUUCUGAGGAGACGGUUGCAGGCUUUUGACCUGACCAAGGGGGAUUGAAUUGAGCCAUGGACCCCUGCAACCUGCCGGGGUUGGGGUUGCCACAGCCAAAUGCUGUGAUGGAUAAAGUAUCGUGGGACGUCUACAGGGUGCCCAGCACCACAGAGGAGGGAACAUCAUGCGGAGAAA